AUGUACGAGUCUACCUGGCUGGAUCUACACCGCUUGAGCCGGCAUAGUCUCCAAGAACGAUAUGAAUCGGACGAAGAAGCUGUGUCCGAGUCUGAUACCGGAGCCCAGGAUCUACUUUCCUCGCCGAUGGGCUCUCCGGUUGAAUCCCAACGAGCUGCCAUUUUCGAUUCAGACCUGAGUGCGGACGAUGCCUCUCACAUGGACCCUGAUUCGGAUCGCGAAGAAUAUUUGCUGGCGCCACCGGCAGUCAAACGGCCACGCCCUGUGUCUACGGAUACUAUCAAAAGGACGAGCAACGCUGCCUUCGACGACAACGCCUAUGUGUUUGACCCGGAGGAGCAGAUGGUGCUUGAGCUACCAUCGCCAGACUCUCCUCCCCAACUGGCGUCCAGUAUAUUCUUGCAGCCAUCGGUAUACGUCUCACCGAAGCCCAAGCCAACCACCAGGUCUCGAUCUACUUUACCUUCCUCGAUAUUCUCAGUCGAGGAGGCAGACAUCCAAGUUGCAAAGAAGGUCACUUUCAUGGAACCCCAGACACGGCCUACAGUGGUCCUGAUCAACGCCCUGGGAAAAGGACCAAGCUCAGGAUCCCGCUCAAACCAUUCUCGCUCUCAGGAAAGCAGCCGCAGCCGUCCUCGUCUCGCCACAGCCGACAACAGGCUAGCAUCAUCACGCUCCUCAGAGCACAUCUCCAAACGACACUCCUACAGAGAGACAACUCCAAAGCCAGCACCAUGGAAGCAAUCACCAAUCCCAGUCCCAGCCCCAGACGACUCCGAUGAAAGAACUGCCCCCAGCGCAACAAUCAACCGCGUCUCUGAAGUCCUCAUAGUCCCCUCCUUCCCAGAACCAUCACGCACCAUCCCAACAAACGGCAAAACAAACGAAUACCAAUACAUUCCCCGCCCCCGUACCGCAGGCGCAGAUAGAACAAUGCCACCGCCACUACACAUCCCCCCCCCGCCUACCCAGACGACCAGAACCCCCUCUCGCGGGUUAACAGCUCCAUUCAUUCUCCUCCUCGAAACGAACACACGGUUCGUAUCAUCAUCCUACAGCGUCUCUAAUAUCCUCACACACCGCUCUCCGCUGAUGAUGCGCCGUAUGACGAGGAAGCAUUCGUCGUCGAGUGUUCAUUCUAUGAGUUCGUUGCGCUCUGAAAUUGAUACUGUCGGGCCUUCUUCUUCGCAGGUUUCCGUUGCUACGCAGCCUGUUAUGGGUUCGGGUUCGGGUUCGAUGGUUGAUUCGAACUCGAAUGCGAAUACGAAUGUUGUGCGCAAGUCUACUUAG